GUGCAGCCUCAAUUUGUUUAUACUUUUUGAUCGUUUGUUUUAAUAUACGAUCCCACACUUACAAACGUAAAUAAUCGAUACUAGAUUGUGCGUUACGCGAUGAAUUAAACUUACAUAACGAGAAAAGAUAAUGAAAAAGGGCGGAUUUGAUCCAAUAAAACGGUGCGACGGAAUCGAUAUUCCCGAGCAUGGCCGUUGGGCCGUUGUCGGGCACCUGUUAGUGGCAUGGAGUAUGCAAGCAAAAUACGCCUCGUCCUUCUGGUCCUAGCCUGCACCCUCGUCUUCUACUACGUCCUGCCCGGGACAGGGGACGUCUUAGACGCGGCCCGGGACGAGGUCGACGAAGUGAGGGCGCUGCCGGACCUUUGCAGAAUGACGACGGCCUUCCGGGCCUGCACCAGCGCCUACGGGCUUCUCACCCUGCUCAGGGACAACUGCGGGUCUGGAAGAAUAGAAGAAAAGACGGACAAAGUGGUCGUUGAGCCGAUUGGGGAAGUAACAGAAGAAAAUCACAAGGAGGAAAUUAUACAGACGGUAGAGAAUGAAGGAGAAAAAAAUGAAAUAAAGGUUGAGAAAAAGAGCAAUCUCAUUUAUGAAGUCAUCAUCGUGUUACUCCUCGUUUCUGUCACUCUGAGUUUAGCCGACUGCUUUCAAGAAAGAAAAAGAAGAAGACAAAUGAGAAGUUCAAAUUCAAACGGUCCCGACAUGAUGACGAUGCGCGGUUCAAGGCUGGAAAUGUGUAGCAGGAGGAUGUCACUGGCGGACCUCACGAUGUCCCGUCACGCGAGGAGGGAGUCGCAGGCCAGUUACAGGCCACCAGGUAAGUUAAGCCGGCCAAAACAGGUUAACUUUGGGCCGCCGUAGUUCUAGUUACGAAAUGUCGCAGAACAAAAAUCAGGUUAAGAGACAGACUUCCUGCCCCCAACCUUUUCUCAAGAGGCUCUCCACGGUCGACCUCAACCAGGACUUACCUGAAGACGGAGGAUGGGCAGAACGAAGAAGGGUCAGAAUGAUACAGCGACAUUAAAACUGCGCUUUGGGUCUCAAAAUUCACUCUCGAUUAAACCGAUUAAAUAUAUUUAUUUCAUUCUUCAAUUAACACGCCAUUAGGGGCAAUGACUUAUAAAUCUCUAAGCAUUAUCCUUGUUAAGUCUAUUUAGAGAGAAAUUGAAGGAUUGAAAAAUUAUCAAAUUAAAAAAAUUUGAGAGUGAAUUGUGAGUCAUGUUCCAAAUUAGGAGACAAUUUCAGAAAACUUUAAACGUUUUGCCACAAAAGUAUUUAUCGAACUUGAAGGCUUUAAAUAUUUCUACAGAGGACUUGUUUUGUAGAAAUUUUAAAAUUUAUUCACACUAUUUUAUCAAUAAAUGCACAAAUCUUUUUCAAAGACACAUUUCUGGCCUAGAAACAAAUCAAGGCACUAUUCUAUUUUUAUCAAUUAAAUGAAAUCUAUUUUGAUUAAAAAAAGUAAAACUUAGAGGACAUCUUUGUGCCAAAACAAGUGUUAAACGCUGGUCUUUUUGUCGCUCACGGUUUAAAAGGAAAGGAAUAUUUUUGUCGACGAAUUUAUUGAAUUGAGCUUGGUUGAUAUUUUAGGGACCAGUUUUAACCUGUAGUGCUUAGCGUUAGUGGAUACAGUGAAUAUAUUUUCAAUUGUUCAAUUGUUAUCAUAAAGUUAAUUGAUACUAAAUUCUGUGAUUAACUUACAACUUAAUAAAUACAUUGUAAAAGCAAAUUUUUUAUUAUUACUUCCAUUAACCAUCAAAACAUCUUUAGAUUUGUAUAUUUAUAUUACAACUAUUAAAAUAGUUGUGUCAAAAUGUAAAACAUCACUUAAAAGUCUUCCUACUCAAAAUUGUCUUAGGAUCAACAUUGGAAGCUUGAAAUCAACGCCUAUAUAUAUGCUUCAAGCUACAUACAAUAAGCCUCCACUAGAUCAGAAAAGAAAUGUGCUG